AUGAUGAAACGAUUGGCUGGGAGUCAUGAAAGCCAAAAAGAAACGGAUACAACAGAAACGCGAGGGAGUUGGAAUGAAGAUAUGAAACGAUCCAGAGUUUCAACAAUAUUGAGACAUUUAAUACCGAAUGUGUUUAAAGUUCAAGAUUCUUUAACGAGCGUCAAUACUCAUUCCGAUGAUGAUCAUCAUCAAAAUAGCAACAAACAAUUUUCAUCAUCAAAUUUACGCCCGAACCAACAAGUUAGUCAUGAAUUGAAACCAAACGGUCAUUCUAGUGAUUUUACCAAUAAUGAUCAUGGUAGUUCCGAUUUGAAGGGUCAUCGUUCAUCAUCUUUUCAAAAUCUUAAUCCAUCUCAAACGCUCCACGAUGAAUCAGAUGAAAACAUAAUUUUGCCAGUGAAGGCUCUCUUUCAUGCCAUGAAAAAUCCUCAAAAUAGACAAUCAUCGGAGAGCUUUUCAAAAUCCUUUCAAUCGUCCUAUCAAACGAUGAGUCAUUCCAAUGCAGAAGAUUUGAAUCGGAAGCAAAAUAAGUGGAAAAUUGGCUUUCCAGACACAGACGUCAAAGCAACCCUAUUUUCGAGAGAAAAUGAAAGAGUUUACACAAGUACAAAACCACUCGUACCCAGAAGUGAGUUAGUGGAACAACCAAAAGGAGAUCCUCCAGAUAUUAGCAAGGUAUUUGGAAGUAAAAAAGGUCAAGGAGGACAUGUAUGCAUUGUGGGCCCCACUGGAUCAGGAAAAUCCACAAUUGUGAGAGGAAUUCUUUGUCAAAUGUCUGCAGAAAAAGCACUUGCUAUUUAUUCUUUAGAAUAUCCUGUUGAAGUGAAUUUACAGACUCAUGGAUUGUUUAAUGUAUGUCAAAUUGACAUGUUUCAAGAAAUUCAGGGAAAGCAACGAUCCUUGGCCGAGACAGCCAACAACCUACUCAAACAUGAUCCAGAUAUAAUUUAUUUUGGUGAGUUGAGACACAAAGUAGAUUUCGAAACAGCCACCUCCAUUGCUCUCAGUGGUGUUCAAGUAAUUAGUACAGGACACGCUUCAUCACCGAUUGACUUGUUGGAAAGAUUGAGAUCCAUGAAUAUUGAUUUAAAAACGCAAUUUCGAGCUUUUAAAUGCAUUUUAGGAGUCAAACGUGUACCCAUACUUUGUCCUCACUGUAAGCAGCGAAUGGUCAUUUACGGAAAAACCGACAAUCGAGCACUGAAAUUAUUGACCAUGUAUCGGGUGGUCACAACUGAGAAGGUCAAUCGAAGAAAAGAAGUUCCAGUGGUUUGCAUGCCUCCAGAACCUUCCAAGAAUAAGGCAGAUACAUGUCCUCAUUGUGUUAAUGGUUAUAUCAGUAAUCAUACGAUUUAUGAAUUUUUAUACAUUACUCCAGAGAGUGACAUGGAAACACUUCGUAAAAAACACACCUACACUACGGAAGAAACGCUAUUGUCUCUCAUCAUGCAAGGAGAGGUGAAUCCGUUAUAUUUACAAAAUAGUAUUCAUUAG